AUCACGUUACUCAAAACUACUGGCACACAAGCUGCUGCCCACUUGUGCGUUGGAACGAUGGAGCUCGAGAGCGACGACCGUGCGAAGCGAGGCAUGUCGGGCGCCGAGCGCCUUGCCAUGCUCGAAUUCUUGCGCAUUCCGGGCAACUUUGUGUUGAUGACUGGCCAGGCCUCCAAAGGAAAGUCGAUGAAAGGCGGGCAGAGGCUCACAAAGGCCCACGGUCACGCCCUAAUGGCCGAUUAUGUGAACAUGGUCGUUCGUGAUAGCACGCGAACGUGGAAAACGCAGGACGCAAAGUCCCGGUAAUUGAAUUCAUCAACACACAUUCAUGUAGAUA